GGAGCCGCUCGAAGCACGAGCGCAGAAACCUUGGUGACGCAGAGAAACAAGUUACUCAGUAACGCUUUGAUUUUUCAAGAAAUUGAUUAAUAUUAUUAGUAGAAUAUAUAGAUAUAUAUAUAUUUUAAAAAAACCCGCUUCGUGACACCGUAAACUCAGUUUGUGAGAAGAUCAUCAAGUUUUGACAUGCGCUUUGACUACCUCGUAUCUUCAUGUCAAGUUGCUUUGACGUUAGCUUAGCUUAGCUAGCUACAAGUCGCGUCAACUCUUACUACCUUGCACACUAUUUAUUUAUUAUUUUUUUUGGUCAGUUACCUGUCUGUACGAACCGCUCCGAAGCCAUGACGGGUAGAGAAGAGGAAUAUGACUAUCUUUUCAAAGUGGUGCUAAUCGGAGACUCUGGAGUCGGGAAGAGCAACCUGCUGUCCCGCUUCACGCGGAACGAGUUCAACCUGGAGAGCAAGAGCACCAUCGGUGUGGAGUUCGCCACUCGCAGCAUUCACGUAGAGGGCAAGACGAUCAAAGCCCAGAUCUGGGACACCGCAGGCCAGGAGCGGUACCGUGCCAUCACCUCAGCGUACUACCGCGGUGCAGUCGGCGCUCUCCUGGUGUACGACAUCGCCAAGCACUUGACGUAUGAAAAUGCCGAGCGCUGGCUGAAAGAGCUGCAGGACCACGCCGACAGCAACAUCGUCAUCAUGCUGGUGGGCAACAAGAGCGACCUGCGCCACCUACGGGCCGUGCCUACGGACGAGGCCAAGGCUUUCUCAGAGAAACACGGGCUUUCCUUCCUCGAGACUUCUGCUUUGGACUCCUCUAACGUAGAGCUCGCCUUCCAGACCAUUCUCACAGCAAUCUACCGCAUCGUGUCUCAGAGGCAAAUUUCGGGGCGCGGCGACAGCGACUUCUCCCCCAACUCCAAAGUCGUGCCCAUCACGGUGCAGCCCACACAGAGCUCGGCCAAGCAAGGCGCCUGCUGCCAGAACAACUAAGCAGCCGCCGUAGCACAAUGGGAUUAUGGGUAAAAACCGACAUAAGGCUGACCAAGGGGGGGUUGCAAAGUUUGUUUGUCAAGCACAUUAAGACCACCCCCCAUCCCCCCCCCCCCCCCCCCCCCAUAACACAUGCAGUAGGCUUUAUCGGCUAAGCCCUAGUUCAACAAGUUAAGCUUUAUCAUAGGGACCAAAGUGAAAAAGAUUUGUUUUGUUUUGUUUUUCUCCACAGACUGAUUUAAUGUCUUUUUUUUUAUUAUUAUUAUUUUUUUUACGCUAACUAGAAACGGCAUUGCUGAAGUAACGAUUCAUGUCACCGGCUAGUGCUUAGAACGUGCUCAAGCCUAUGCAGAUGGAAAGAGGGUGCUACAAUGAAAUGAUGUCUAUUUUAACCACUACGCACUGUUUAGGUCUAGUUUUUAUCAAACGGUCUCCUGGAGGAAGCGAACUCCUGUUUUGUUUUGUUUUUUCUCAGUGGAUCCUUGGGGGAACAAAAAUCGACUUAAUCUCUGUGUCUGCUGCGUCUGCCUGUAUUGUUGAUUUGUACGAUGACUCAAGUAGAGAAAAAAAAAAGAACCCCUCUAUUUAUUUGAUGUAUUGAAAUAUCUGAGAUGACACUGUUGAGCUCACAUCCUGAUAGCCUGUGGAAUUUUUUUUUUUUAUUAUUAUUUUUUUUUUUUUAGCACGUGUUUUAUUUAGAUGGUGUUUGUUGGUCUGUUUGAUAUUUAAGGGUUGAGUUAACUGUAUUUUCUCCAGGGUUGAGUAAAGAGUAACAUGAAUUAA